AUCAUGUAUUGGCAGUUAAGGGUAAAGGAUUAUUAUUAGGAUUACAAUUAAAUAAUUCAGUCGAUAGUACGGCUGUAGUUAAUAAGUGUAGAGAAAAUGGGUUAGUCGUUAUAACUGCGGGUUUAAAUGUGGUAAGAAUUGUUCCAGCCUUAAAUAUCCCUAAUGAAUUGAUUUCUAAAGGGUUAGAUAUAUUGGAUCAUAGUUUGAAACAGGUUAUUGAAUCUUCAACUUAGUUAUCUACGUAUAUUACCAUAGAAUUUAAUCCAUAGUACAUAGUACAUACAUUAGAGAAAAGCUCGGCUGCGAUUUGUAGAGCGGGAUCUGAACCCGUGAAAGAAAAAAAAAAAGUCGUUUGAGAUAAGCCAGUAGCAAUCGCCAAUAAAACAAUGUAAAUAGCAUAGUAAGUAUAACCAUAACCAAAAGGGAAUCAGCUGAUGAAGACAAUAACAAUAAGUAAUAUAAAAAGAUGACAAUUCCAUUCAGUAUCCCUACCACGGAUCUUGAUUAUUGCUUAGAACAGCUAUUGGAUCAUAAACCUCCAAAGAUACUACCACCAGAAACUAUUCAACAAUUAUGUCAUACAUUAAAAGCACAACUUCUUGGAACUCCAAAUAUUAUGAGUCUUAAUUCUCCAAUAUCAGUUGUAGGAGAUAUUCAUGGACAAUUUCAUGAUCUACUAGAAAUCUUUCAAAUUGGAGGUUCUCCUCCUAGUACAAAUUAUUUAUUCUUAGGAGAUUAUGUUGAUAGAGGUUAUUAUUCAGUUGAAACUAUUUCUUUAUUAAUUGCAUUAAAAUUAAGAUAUCCUGAUCGAAUUUAUUUAAUUAGGGGAAAUCAUGAAUCAAGAACUAUUACCACAAAUUAUGGAUUUUAUACUGAAGUAUUAAGUAAAUAUAAUGGUUCAUCAGAAGUAUGGACUUAUUUUACAGAUUUAUUUGAUUAUUUACCAUUAGGAGCAACAAUUGAUGGUAAAAUCUUUGCAGCUCAUGGGGGUUUAUCUCCUAGUUGUCAACAAUUAGAUCAAAUAAGAACUCUUGAUAGAUUUAGAGAAAUCCCUCAUGAUGGAAUAAUGGCUGAUUUAGUUUGGUCAGAUCCUGAUACAGAAAUAAUGGACUUUAAAUUAUCUCCACGAGGUGCUGGUUACCUCUUUGGUUUAGAUAUUAUAAAUAAAUUUUGUCAAGAUAAUGAUUUGGUUCAAAUGAUAAGAGCUCAUCAAUUAUGUAAUGAAGGUUAUACAAGUUAUUGGAAAGGGAAAUGUUUAACAGUAUGGUCAGCUCCAAAUUAUUGCUACAGAUGUGGUAAUAAAGCCAGUAUACUAGAAAUCUUACAUUCAAAUUAUGGAUCUAAAGAUCCUCAUGAUCUAGAUGAUGAUAAUGAUAAUGAUGAUGAAUUUUCUGAUGUUACUUAUAAAGAUUAUGCUAAUAGAUUCAAUAGUUUACGAGUUCGUCAACAACAAGGAGUUCUUCCCGGACAAUUUUUUAACGUAUUUGAAGCAUCACCAGAAAAUAGAGAUGAUACCCUUAAUUCUAAAAGUGUUAAUGGUAUUAAUUCUGAUGAAAAUUUUACGGGAAAUGGUGACUUCUUUGCAUCGUUUUUCCAGGAAAGACGUCCUAAACAGUAUGUGGAGUACUUUCUUUAAUUUAAUUAUCUGUAUUAUUAAUUAGAAUAUAUAUACAAUUUUUUUGUAUAACUUAAUAUGUAAUCAACUUAUCCGUAAUAUAAUUCAAAAUUGAAUCCAUCAUGAACUUCAUAAUCAUCUAAACUUAUAUGAUCCUUGUAUACACUGUUACCUUUCUUUAGUACUAACUUAUCGUAUGGUGUACCUAUUUGCAAUGAGAUUAUUUUCUUCAAAUCUCCAAUCGUAUCGGUUGGAAGACACUUUACUCGUAUCUUCUUACCCAACCUAUCAUUAGCCAAUACCUCUAUCAUAUUUGUUAGUAUAAUGUUAUUGACACUGGGUAUCAUUUCAUUAAUAAAUUAUAAUUAAAAUACAAAUAAAAAAAAAAUGUCGUGCCUCCCACGCAAAAACCCCGUAAAAAAUUCAUUACCAUUGUUAAGAUAGCA